UGGUGUGUUUCUUGAUGGAAGUGCUGAGGAAGUCAGUUGACAAGUUUAAAUGUUAAAAAGUGUGGUAGAUGUGUGCGAAGGCUGUGACUUUGUCAUUAUGUCAGAUAAAAACUCCACAAGAAUAAUGAAGUCCUCAUCUGAAGGUGAAAUACUUGACAGGGAAGAAACACAGUUAAUAAAUGAGGCUGCCGAUUUUACUAGAGCGAACUCUUAUGCAGAGCCGAAGUUAAAACGUACCUUCACUCUUCCUAGGAAUCUUUUGUCGUCGAGAAUGAGUAAAAGAAGAGCUAAACAUAAAGAAGGUAAAGAUGUCAAUGCCUCAAAUGCGCAGACAAUUUCGGAAGUGCAAAAUACGGAUGCCCAAAAGUCAAAUAAAAAAGUGUUUAGAGUUCCUUCAUGGAAGAAGUUUAUAAACAAAGUGGUGCAUCAUAUGUCGACCGUAGGUGUUCCAAAUAAUAAAUAUGUGAGUGUUAAUUAUAAAUAUGACAGGCGUAGACGAGAUACUGUAUCGCUAUCGUCAUCUGAUAUUAGGGUACCACCGACUCGCCCCGCCCACCUUACAAAUCUGGUAAACAGUGACAAGGUCCCCGGUGUAACAGGACUACGUAACCAUGGGAAUACGUGUUUUAUAAAUGCAGUUCUUCAGUGCCUCAGUCAUACCGAUAUUUUAGCCGAAUAUUUUGUUCUGGACCAAUACAAAGUUGACCUCUCCCGUAGGAAUAAGUUGAAUUCAAAAAAAUAUGGCACGAAAGGUGAAGUAACAGAACAGUUGGCCCUUCUCCUAAAAGCUAUUUGGUCGUGUCAGUAUGACCCCGAGAUCACCAACCAAUUUAAGAUAGUUGUCGACAAAUAUGGUAGUCAGUAUAGAGGUAACAAUCAACACGACGCCCAGGAAUUUCUUCUGUGGUUGCUCGAUAAAGUGCAUGAAGAUCUCAACACGGCGACGAAGAAGAAAUACAAGAUUAUUAAGAACUCAUUUGGUCGACCAGAUGAGGUGGUUGCUGCUGAAACAUUGGAAAACCACAUUCGCUGCAACAACAGUUUCGUGCACGCUGUGUUCCAAGCUCAGUUUAGGUCAUCACUAACAUGCCCACGUUGUAAACGGCAGAGCAACACGUUCGACCCCUUCCUCUGUGUGUCUGUGCCUGUACCGCAAAACCAGACGAGGCCCGUGUAUGUCACGGUGCUGUACACUUCGCAGCAGCCGAGACAGGUGAAAUUAGGUGUCUCUCUCCCGGCUCACGCAGAAGUACGAGAAUUGCGUGAGCUGUUGGCAUCCGAUACAUGCAUCUCUGAGAAUCACAUGCUGCUCACAGAAAUAGACGAUUUUGGCUUCCAUCGCACAUUUUCAGACACUCAGCCAGUGUCGAUAAUUAAGGAGACUGACCCUGUAUACUGUCUGGAGCUGCCACAGCUGAAAGAAGCGACAGAGGACAGCGGCGCCUACAUCCUCCUGUGCUGGGUCAACUUGCUCGUUGUCGAUGAUCAAUGUGCGAGGUUUAGCAGUCCAUACACAAUGCAAGUUGGUCGUGAGACAUCCUACAAAGAUCUUCAGAAACUGAUCCUGAAAGAAAUGAACACAAUUCUUCAUGAUGAUGUUCUUGUCAAUUCACAGGAUAUUCCUCUGUUCCGUAUGCGCAUUGUUGAUGGGCUGGGAGGUUCACCUACGUUCCUGGAUCCCCUGCUCGACCACCCACUGUACAUGGAGGCUGUAGAUCAAGCUCUUGCCCUGUGUGAGAAGGAAGCAGGGCCUCCUCAUCUGAAGCUGGUUUUAGAGUGGGAUCUCCAGGCCAAGGACAGCACAAUUGCUGAUGACAGUGACCAAAUGGAAGAACUAGCCAGUGUAAAGCAGCUGAAGAUGAGUACAGAGCAGGGCGGAACUGUCAGCCUGGAGGAGUGCUUUGAGUUGUACACACGAGCAGAAGUUCUGAGCGCUGAAGAUGCCUGGCAUUGCCCAUACUGUAAUCGCAAGCAAGAGGUAGUCAAGAAGUUGGGUCUGUGGUCUCUGCCAGAUAUUCUUGUGAUACACCUAAAACGUUUCAGACAGCAAUCCAAGCAGAGGUCUACAACAAAACUGACAACGCUGGUCGAUUUCCCUCUAUAUGGGUUCGAUAUGAAUCCUCACCUGGCUGACCGACCAAACGGCCCUCCUCCUCAAAACCUGUGUUCACCGGGUGGUGGUGUCCUCGGUGGUCUCGGCUGGUCUCCAUGGAAACGGCCUCGUCGCACUCCUAACCGACCGGAUGACAAUGUGUACGACCUGUACGCAGUGUGCAACCACCAUGGCCAGGAUCCCCAGGGUGGCCAUUAUACAGCUUUCUGCCGGAACCCGUACGAUGCCCAGUGGUACUGUUUUGACGACACUCGCGUGGAGCCCGUCUCCGAGACGAGUAUAGUGACAUCCGCCGCCUACAUCCUGUUCUACCAGCGCCGGGGACUGAGCACGGGUUCCUACUCGGCCAGCUCGGCCGCAUCCACCAGCUCAUCGGGCUCUGGCCUUGACCAUUGGGUCUAUCGGAUGCCUGCUUUCAACCACUCCAUUAGCCGCUCUCAGGAAGACCUCUCCAAUAAAGAAUCAGAAGAAAAUGCUGCGCCAAAUUUCACUCGUGGUGCUCGUAACUACUCGACGCUGCAACCGCAACCGACAAGCAAGCGUUCAGUGGCCACAGAGACCGAAGCCGAGCAUUACUCUGACGAGGAUGCGCCACUUGCCUCUCCCAGGAGUGACUGGCCGAAGGAAGAGCAGAAAUCAGCUGAGAACGAGGUGCCAGCAGAAGUGACACAGAAGGAGAGUGCUGAAGACCAGAGGCAGGAUGUCUCUUGUGAAGCUGGAAUCCCCCCACCCCCACCCCUGCCGAGUGCAGAUGUCCAGCCGCCUACAGUCGUCACGGAGUCGUGUGUGUGACAGGAGGAGGACUUCGUUUUUCCUCACGUCACACUGCUGGCAUCGUUUCCCUGUUUCACAUUGAACAUCAGUUUCUACAAGCAGAAGACAUUUGUACAAUCUGCUUCGAGGUUGCUGUGAGGACUUUUAUGUGGGCCUGAAAUUGCUCUGUUAAACAGGGAAACAAACCAUUACACCUAAACCGUUACUCGUCGUCGGUUAUCGUGUUCUAGGCUUCUUACUAUGCGGCAUAUUUGCUUUAAUGGCAGUUACCUCACUGAAUUCCAAAGUACAACUAUCAUGAAGUUCUAUUUUAGAUGCCUCUCAAAAGUAAUACUGAAUGCAUAUCAUGAUGUAUUUUCAAGUGUAAUAUUCCUAUUGCACAGUUGUUUAUAUUUCAAGAUCUGUAUAUGAUGUAGUGCAGUUACAGAAUUUUGUAAGUAUGAAAAUGAUACAAAGUAAACAUUUAGUUUGGAAUACAGAGAAGAUUCUUUAACAAUGUUUCAGAUCAUUAUAGAGAUGCUACUUGAAUAUGGAUCAUAUUCCACAGUUUGUUUUGAUAUUUGUACUGCAGAGAAAAAGCUCUUCAGCUAAUACAUUAAGAUCAGGUUAAUUAUGGCUUUCUAAAAUUUAUUCAUUUUUUAAAAGCAUGUGAGCCAUUUGUAAAUUGAAGCAGAAAAUCAAGUUAGAGGCAACCACCAUGGUUGCUAAAAUGUUAGCAGUUGAGCUGGUGAUUUACUUAAGGUGAUUUCUUGGUGCAGUUUAUGGAUGGCUGGUUUACAUGCUCUGAAAUUAGCAGCGUGUUUGGAGAUACUUGCACCAAUAUUGAUGCACUUCAUCCAUAAAAAAAAAUUAGUUCAGACAAGAAUUAUUACUUUAAUUUUGUUAACUUUUUAAUCAAUUUAUAACAUACUGAUGGAAUGCCGAAGAUUUUUGUAGAUUUUAUAAACAAUGCAGACAAAUGUGACUUAGUCAAGUAACUGAAACCAUAACCACCUAUCAGAAACUGAUGCAACAGUUGUGUACUGGAAUUUUCGACUAUCUGUUAUUGUGAUUAAGUUAUC